CACUGCAACUUGUCCAUUAUUAUAUAUACACACUGCUUGAUGAACCACUGAAUCUGCAUUGCAUUCUUUGAAUAGGAAGAAGUUUUAACCAAAACAAGAAACAAUUUUUUUUUUAAAAAAAAGAAGAGAGAAAUAAUGAGAAACCAAUGCCAUCGCAAUGCAGUGUUGCCGCCGAUAGGUGUUGACCGGGUGCCGCUUACGGUUGACCCGACGUCGACAUUGUUAGGUUUGAUGAGGGCUUCAUCGCCAACAUCCUCGACGAUCCAAAGAUCCUUCGACGCUUCCUACGAAAACCUUUGGACGAUUGGUGGUCAACCAUCAUCAUCAGCAUUGGGCAAGUUUGAGGAAAUAAAGGAGGCUUAUAAAGGGAAACAGAUAGUAAUGUUUCUGGAUUAUGAUGGUACCCUUUCCCCCAUUGUUGCUGACCCUGACAAAGCCUUCAUCACCACCCAGAUGAGGGAAACGGUAAGAGAUGUUGCAAAACAUUUCCCCACAGCCAUUGUCACCGGGAGGUGCAUAUCAAAGGUUUAUGAAUUUGUAAAGUUAUCGGAACUUUAUUAUGCUGGAAGUCACGGGAUGGACAUCAAGGGACCAGAAGAGGGCCACACGGCCUACACAAAGGGGGGAAAGUCUCUUUUGUGCCAGCCAGCCAAAGAGUUUUUACCCAUCAUUGAUGAGGUGCACAAAAUUUUAUUGGAGAAAACAAAAUCAAUUGAGGGUGCUAAAGUGGAGGACAACAAGUUUUGUUUGUCCGUGCAUUAUCGUUGUGUGGAAGAAAAUAAAUGGAUUGAGGUAGCUGAACACGUAAAAUCUGUUCUCAAAGGAUACCCAAAGCUACGAUUGUCUCAAGGAAGGAUGGUAUUAGAAAUUCGACCUUGCAUAAAGUGGGACAAGGGCAAUGCACUUGAAUUUUUGUUGGAAUCAUUGGGCUAUGGAAAUAAUUCCGAUGAUGUUUUUCCGGUAUACAUCGGAGAUGAUCGGACCGAUGAGGAUGCGUUCACGGUUCUCCGGCAGAGAAGUUAAGGUUUAGGGAUCAUUGUUUCUAAAACUCCCAAAGAAACAAACGCCUCAUUUUCCUUGGAAGAACCAUUAGAGGUAAUGCAGUUUUUGAGACUUUUGGUGGGAUGGAAUUUCUGAAGAAUAAAUAAAAGGAGUCAUC